AAGGGAUAUAGGAUAUUGCACCGACGUGGCUGCCGACCAGAGAUGAAUGCAAGCGGAAUGGUGGUGUGCGUGACCGGAGCGUCUGGUUACGUAGCUUCAUGGGUGGUUAAGCUCUUACUACAACGUGGAUACACUGUUAGAGCCACUGUUCGCGACCCUGGUGAUCGGAAGAAGACACAACACUUGGUUUCGCUGGAUGGAGCCAAAGAAAGACUCCAUUUGUUCAAGGCAGAAUUGUUGGACGAAGGAUGCUUCGACUCUAUCGUGGAUGGAUGCCAAGGUGUUUUUCAUACUGCCUCGCCGGUUAACUUCUCAGCUACCCAUCCACAGAAGGAAUUAAUUGAUCCAGCAAUAAAGGGUACACUUAAUGUUCUGAAAUCAUGUGCCAAAGUCGCUUCCAUCAAGAGAGUUGUAAUAACUGCUUCCAUCGUCUCAGUUGUGUACAAUGAGAAACCUUUAACUCCCGACACGGUGGUUGAUGAGACUUGGUUUUCAGAUCCACUCUUUUGUGAGAAAAAUAAGCAUUGGUAUAUGGCCUCGAAAACUCUAGCCGAGGAAGCAGCCUGGAAAUUUGCAAAAGCAAAUGGGAUCGACUUGGUUGUGCUUAAUCCCGGAUUUAUGUUUGGUCCUCUUUUACAGCCUACCCUAAACAGCACUUCGGAGGUGGUUCUAGGCUUAACAAAAGGAGAAAACACUUUUCCUAGUUCAACUUAUUGGCUCGUUGAUGUUCGGGACGUUGCAUAUGCGCAUAUUCAAGCAUUUGAGGUUCCUUCAGCUGCCGGCAGAUAUUGCCUAGUACAACAAGUUGUUCCAUUUCAGGAGAUUCUGAAGACCUUGAACCAACUUUAUCCUACUUUGGGACUUCAAUCAAAAUGUGAGGAUGAUAACAAGCCUGUUGAGCGUGUGUUCAAGGUGUCCCAGGAGAAAGCAAGAGAUUUGGGUGUCAGCUUCAUUCCUUGGGAAUUUGGUCUGAGGGAUAUUAUUGAAAGCUUGAAGGAGAAGGGCUUCUUAAGCAUCUGAAAUUGUCUACUAUAGUUUAAUGCUUCAUGUUGUUGUGAACGUUGUCUCUACUAU